ACAUGGAACGGUGCGAGAAGCCUCGGCGCGCGCUCUCAACGUUCUAAAGGACACGCGACGCGAUGGAGAUGCAUCCCAUAUGCACCAAACUCUGCCAGCAUAAACCUCAUGACUUAAAGGAUGAUAUAUCUGAAAAACAGUGUCCUGUCACUAUCAAUCCACGUCACAUGAAGAAGGCUUUCAAAGUGAUGAAUGAAUUGCGCAGCCAGAACCUCCUGUGUGAUGUAACGAUAGUAGCUGAGGAUGUGGAGAUAGCUGCUCACAGGGUGGUCCUGGCAGCAGGAAGCCCAUAUUUCCAUGCAAUGUUUACAGGAGAGAUGAGCGAGAGCAGGGCCAAGCGGGUCAGGAUAAAGGAGAUGGAUGGCUGGACCCUGGGAACACUCAUCGACUACGUAUACACUGCCGAGAUCCAGGUCACCGAGGAGAACGUACAGGUUCUCCUCCCAGCUGCUGGCCUGCUCCAGCUUCAGGAUGUGAAGAAGGCAUGCUGCGAGUUUCUGGGCACCCAGCUGCACCCCACCAACUGCUUGGGCAUUCGUGCCUUCGCCGACAUGCAUGCCUGCACAGAGCUGCUCAACCAGGCCAAUUCAUUCGCAGAGCAGCACUUCUCGGAGGUGGUGCAGGGCGAGGAGUUCCUGAACUUGGGAAUUGAGCAUGUGUGCAGCCUCAUCGCCAGCGACAAGCUCACCAUCCCGUCGGAGGAGAAGGUGUUUGAGGCAGUGAUUUCCUGGGUAAAUCACGACAAGGAUGUGCGGCAGGAGCACAUGGCCCACCUCAUGGAACACGUCCGCUUGCCUCUGCUGUCGCGGGAGUACCUCGUCCAGCGGGUGGAGGAGGAGUCUUUGGUGAAGAAUAGCAGCGCGUGCAAAGACUACCUGAUCGAGGCCAUGAAGUACCACCUGCUGCCAGCGGACCAGCGCUCUAUGAUGAAGACAAUCCGGACCCGGAUGAGGACUCCUGUGAGCCACCCCAAGGUCAUGAUGGUGGUGGGAGGGCAAGCGCCCAAGGCCAUCCGCAGCGUUGAGUGCUACGACUUUGAGGAGGAGCGCUGGUACCAAGUGGCUGAGCUGCCCUCCAGGAGGUGCAGAGCAGGUGUGGUUUAUAUGGGGGGAAUAGUCUACGCUGUGGGGGGGUUCAAUGGGUCACUGAGGGUGCGCACGGUCGACUCCUACGAUCCCACGAAGGACCAGUGGAGCUGUGUGGCCAGUAUGCAGGACCGCCGGAGCACCCUGGGCUCUGCGGUUUUAAAUGGGCUUCUCUAUGCCGUUGGAGGGUUUGAUGGGAGCACAGGCCUGUCCUCUGUAGAAGCAUACAACGCCAAGACAAAUGAAUGGUUCCACAUUGUACCCAUGAACACGAGGAGAAGCAGCGUGGGGGUUGGUGUAGUUGGCGGGAUACUGUAUGCGGUCGGAGGAUACGAUGGCGCCACCAGGCAGUGCCUCAGCACCGUAGAAGCCUACAACCCAAAGACCAACGAGUGGACCUAUAUCGCGGAGAUGAGUACGCGGCGCAGCGGAGCAGGUGUCGGGGUGCUGAAAGGCUUACUCUACGCUGUUGGGGGUCACGAUGGACCACUAGUGCGGAAGAGCUGCGAGGUGUAUGACGCAGCUACCAACAGUUGGAAGCAGGUUGCUGACAUGAACAUGUGCCGUAGAAAUGCUGGUGUCUGCGCAGUAAACAAUUUGCUGUAUGUAAUCGGAGGAGAUGACGGCUCCUGUAACUUGGCUUCCGUUGAGUACUACAAUCCCAGCACUGACAAGUGGACACUUUUACCUUCCUGCAUGAGUACUGGCAGGAGUUACGCAGGUGUUACAGUCAUCGACAAGCCUUUAUGACUAGGUAUCAACAUGCUGCUGUUUUGAAGCGGAAAACGUGGCUUCGCUGAACCAGUUUGAGAGGCCAAGGCCUCCUCGUGGAAGUUGCCUCAUCCCGGGUCGGUGCAAGGCGGACUGUCGUCUCUCUCUCGGAGCAGUGGGCUCGUGGAGACGUUGCACUUGAAGGGAAGAACUACGUGGGAUCAGAUUUUACUUGUUCUUAACCUGUGAGAAGACACUUAGUGCAAACACAUUUUAAAUACAAACAAAAUGUUACUGACACUAAGGUAAAUUUCACGUGGGACAAGGUGGGAUUAUAAAGGUGGUCAGUGAGGAGCUGAUGUCUGUGGAUCAUUAUCAGUGGUACAAUAUUGUGUUAACAAAAUCACUUAAAAGCUGAAGUGUCAGUGAAUGUUGGUUAUUUACAGGGAUUGGUGUAUUGAAGGAACUUGUGAUUUUAAAUUUUUAUUUUUUUUUGGGCCUUUGGUUUUUUGCCUUUUUACACUGAACUUUAAGGCAGCAUCCAGCAACCGAAGUAUUCUUUGCUACAUGAAACAGAAAACAAUGUCAUGUAUAACAUUUUAAAGAAAUAAAGGUUGUGAAGUAUGCCUGACACGAAAUAUCACAUUUCAAGGAAUUCUGCAUAUUCCUGCUUACUUUGAGAUGCCAUAAUUGUGAGUGUGAGAUACGGAGUCUACAUGUUUGAAACUACAUAUCUGCAUUUUUUUUAUAUUGUGUACUUUCAGAUGACGACCAAGGUUGAUGCAUUUCAUUGUUGUAGCUAAUGGGAAUGUUAUGGCAUGCAUGCAACUGCAGAUUUACAUUGGUUGCCUGGGUUCAGAAGCCAGUCUGCAUGGUCAUAAACAGUUCAUUUAAUUGUAGCUACUGUUUUUAACUACUGCUGUAUGUGAGUGAAUCAUGAAUGUGAUGUGCAGAUUUAGUAUCUCCCAAAAAAGAAAAAAAAAAAAAAUCUCCACGCCUUC